UAAUACGGCCUUUUUAAAGUUCCGAAGGGGAAAGGGGAAGGGAGACCUGAAAGAGAAGAAAAGGAGAGGAACUUUAGUGGACAGGUCUCUGGUCCAUAAAAACGGAAGGAAUCAGUCGGAUGGAAAAUAUUUCUUGAACAUAUAUAUAUUUUUGUAUUUUAUGAAGAUAUAUACUAUUGGGUAUUCAUCGAUUAUACGGGUAGCUAACUCUGCUAGCCAUAAAGCUAUAUCGGCGUGCUAGCUGCGAACAGACAGCAAGGCAGCUAGCAUAACAACCAAACGACAAAGGAAAUAAAGCCAGCAAACUAGUCUGUAAAGAAAAUAUUCGUUUUAUACCUUUCGCCCACUGUGGGUUGGGGCCUUAGCUACUUUUGAUUAAUCUGCGAAAUUAUACCAAGCGGAAAGCCUGACUGCCUGAAAAAAAUCUUCAAAAAUUAAUUAAAAUGGCGGAGCCGGACAAAUUAAACAUCGACUCCAUAAUACAGCGUCUCCUGGAAGUGAAGGGCUCUCGGCCAGGCAAGAAUGUGCAGCUGACAGAGAACGAGAUCCGUGGCCUGUGCCUCAAGUCCCGGGAAAUCUUCCUCAGUCAGCCAAUCCUGCUGGAGCUGGAGGCGCCACUCAAGAUCUGUGGUGACGUGCAUGGCCAGUACUACGACCUGCUGCGGCUCUUUGAGUACGGCGGCUUCCCACCCGAAAGCAACUACCUGUUCUUGGGCGACUAUGUGGACAGAGGCAAGCAGUCCCUGGAGACCAUCUGCCUGCUGCUGGCGUACAAGGUCAAAUACCCUGAGAACUUCUUCCUGCUGCGCGGCAACCACGAGUGCGCCUCCAUCAACCGCAUCUAUGGUUUCUAUGAUGAGUGCAAGAGGCGGUAUAAUAUCAAGCUCUGGAAGACCUUCACAGACUGCUUCAACUGUUUACCUGUUGCUGCCAUCGUAGAUGAGAAGAUCUUCUGUUGCCAUGGUGGGCUCUCUCCUGACCUGCAGUCUAUGGAGCAGAUUCGUCGUGUGAUGCGUCCCACAGAUGUGCCUGACCAGGGCCUGCUGUGUGACCUGCUGUGGGCUGACCCUGACAAGGACGUGCUGGGCUGGGGCGAGAACGACCGCGGAGUCUCCUUCACCUUCGGCGCUGACGUGGUCGCCAAGUUCCUGCACAAACACGACAUGGAUCUUAUAUGCAGGGCACAUCAGGUGGUAGAGGACGGUUAUGAGUUCUUUGCCAAGAGGCAGCUUGUCACUCUCUUCUCUGCGCCCAACUACUGUGGAGAGUUUGACAACGCUGGAGCCAUGAUGAGUGUGGACGAGACACUCAUGUGUUCCUUCCAGAUUCUCAAGCCUGCAGACAAGAAGCUGUACAGUUACGGCGGAGGUGGAGGCAUGGGUUCAGGCCGUCCAGUCACCCCGCCGCGAAAUUCAGCAAAGGGUGCAAAAGCCAAGAAAUAACACCCGCUGGAUACCCUCCCCCUCCCCCCGACAUUUCCUUUUCCUCUCCCUCCUCUUUCUCUACCUCCCUCCCAUCUUGCGCCCCCACAUCACCAAACAGCAACAUAAGCAAAACUUGUACCCAGGGUUUUAGCCACCUCCCCUCUUUUAUUGUUUCUUCUUUUGUUUGUUUUUUCUUUCAUUUUUUUUGUAAUUACUAUCUGGUGAUGUAUGAGGUGAUGCGGUAUGUUUGUGUUUCUGUAUGUAUGUGUGAGAGGUUUGUAAAAUUCUUUGUGCUCGUCCUGCCUCUCCCUUACCCACCCCCCUUAAAAAAAAUGUCUCCUUCUCUUAGUCAUAGGGAUGUGUCUGGCCUCAGAAGCAGCAGUGAGAAUGCCCACCCAGGCACAAAAGCUGUUUUUAAAGUAGAAAAUGGGAUAUGGAAUGGGAUGGGGACACACGGUGUCGAAAGGGGAACAGAAGUGUGUGCAAAGAGGGGAGAUUUGGGUGGAGCCACUGCUGUGUGUGCCCAGGCUGUAUUGUGUGUAUUGAUGCUGAACACAAAGCUUUUAUCUUUUUUGUCAGUGGGAGGACCAGCCUGUCUGUACUGUAACACAUUUAUACACAUGCACACAAUCUCUCAACCACUGAUACCAGGAUUGAACAUGUGUAGACUGAGUAAAGGGGUCAGACACCAGGGGGUUUGGGUCUCUGAAACCCAGUGAUUUUUAAACUCCAUCAUGGAUGUGAAAUUCUUAUUUUAUCUUUUUUUUCCUUUACUUUUAAUGAUGGAUCACAUCAAUUUUAAGUCUGCUUAUUUUAUGUGUGUAUUUUUUUAGUCUCUUUAAAAGUCUCAAUGAUUAAUAAAGAGAACUGUUUAUUUAAAAAACAA